AUGGAGGCCGCUACCAAAGGCCACUUCCGCCUUGCGGGACGUGAAUUNCCCAAGGUCAACUGGCUUACCGACCCUGGUUUGAGAAGAAACUACAUCUGCUUGAUGUUCGUCGUCAUCACCAGUGCCACCAACGGUUACGAUGGUUCCAUGAUGAAUGGUCUUCAGGCCCUUACUAUCUGGCAAGAUGGUAUGUCUGCACGCACUUCGAGUCUUAAACACAUGCUAAUUGUCUACNNAGAUUUCCACCACCCCUCUGCAUCAUCAUUGGGACUGCUCAACGCUAUCAUGUCUGUUGGUUCUCUGGUCGCUCUCCCCAUCGUUCCCUACAUCGCCGAUGGUCUGGGUCGUCGCGCUGGUAUCCUCACUGGUUGUAUUCUCAUGAUCAUCGGAGUCGUCAUUCAAUCUGCCGCCAUGAAAUUUGGCAUGUUCGUCGGCGCUCGUUUCCUUAUUGGAUUCGGUGUUGCUAUCGCUCACGGUGCAUCACCUCUGCUUCUUACUGAGCUCACCCACCCUCAACACCGUGCUCUAUUCACCACAAUCUACAACACUACUUGGUACCUUGGUUCCAUUGUGGCUGCAUGGCUCACCUUCGGAACUUUCCACAUCUCCAACCACUGGGCCUGGAGAAUUCCCUCGAUCGUGCAAGCGUUCCCCUCGGUGCUGCAGCUCAUCUUCAUCUGGUUCGUUCCCGAGUCUCCCAGAUUCCUCAUCUCCAAGGGCAAGGUUGAGGAAGCACACAAGGUUUUGGCCGAUGUCCACGCCAACGGAAACCUCAAUGAUGAGGUUGUCAUGCUCGAGAUGACAGAGAUCAGAGAUACCAUCAAGAUGGAGCAGGAGUUCGAAGCCAACGGUUGGCUCCAGCUCUUCAAGACCCCCGGUAACCGCCACCGUCUGAUCAUUCUCUGCUCGGUUGGUUUCUUCUCUCAGUGGUCUGGCAACGGUCUUGUCUCUUACUACCUCACCCUCGUCCUCGACCAGAUCGGUAUCACCGACACCAACACUCAGCUCAUUAUCAACGGUGUUUUGCAAAUCGUCAACCUCAUUGUUGCUGUCGGACAAUGCUUCUUCGUGGACAAGGUUGGCAGACGUACUUUGUUCCUGAUCAGUACUACAGGUAUGAUGGUGUCCUUCAUCGUUCAGACAAUCUGCUCUGCUCGUUUCAAGAUUUCUGGAGGCGAGGCUUCUGCAAACUCGGUCGUUGCCUUCAUCUUCAUCUACUACGUCUUCUACAACAUCGCCUUCUCUGGUCUUCUGGUCGGUUACUCUGUUGAAAUUCUGCCUUACAACAUCCGUGCAAAGGGUAUGACUCUCAUGUUCUUGUGCGUUGAUCUUGCUCUCUUCUUCAACCAAUACGUCAACCCCGUCGCUCUCAAGCACAUCGAGUGGAAGUACUACAUUGUCUACUGUGUCUGGCUUGGAUUCGAGCUCUUCAUCGUCUGGAAGUUCUACAUCGAGACUCGCAACACCCCUCUCGAGGAGAUUGCCAAGUACUUCGAUGGCGAGGACGCUGUCGUCGGUGGUGCCGCCGCUACCGAGAAGGGCAAGGUUCUUGCAGCCGAAAUGGGUGGUCUUGGUGAAAAGGAUGGCAUGACUGUCGAGCACAGAGAGCUGUAG